AUGAUUGAAGCAACAGUAAAUGAGGAGCUGGAGUCGUUUAAAAUUGGAGAAUUGGAGAGAAUAAAUCAAUUACAGAAUAUAGUCAAGGAAAUUUUAGAGAAGAUACGGCCAGGAACGGAACGGCCAGAUAGCACACAGAGGAGAGACGGCGCCUCACUGCCUCAGGUAAAAAUUCCUGUGUUUGAAGGAAGAUAUGAAACGUGGAGAACUUUCCACGAUCUGUUCACUAAAGUAAUACAUGCAAACAACCAAUUAUCGAACGCAGAAAAAAUUCAGUGCCUAAAAAUUCAAGUAAGAGGGGAAGCCAACAGAAUGAUACAGCACCUACACAUAACAGAAGCAAACUAUGAAGUGACCUGA